GUUGACUGAGUGUAAAGUCAGUGGUAUGGUGUUGCGAAUUCUAAGGUGGUCUAGGUUACAGUCGUUACGAGAGCAAACAGGAUAAUUGCUUGUGCAGAUAUGUCUGUUAUUUAUAGAAAUGCUAUUGCUAUCGCCGAUAAGUUCGUGCCCCCGAAACUUCAACCCCUAUGGAACCACGAAGCAGGUCCAAAAACAAUCUUCUUCUGGGCUCCAGCCUUCAAAUGGAGCCUUGUUAUUGCUGGAUUGGGGGACCUUGCUCGCCCAGCUGAGAAGAUCAGCAUCGCACAGUCAGCUGCUCUUAGCGCCACGGGCCUUGUCUGGGCACGCUACUCCAUGGUCAUCAUCCCCAAGAACUACAGUCUGCUUAGUGUCAAUGUGUUUGUAGCCCUGACUGGCCUGUAUUCGCUGGCAAGAGCAGUUAAUUAUCAAUAUAAUGUUAAGGGCAAGGACGUAACUGCAACAGAAACUGUCACCAGCUAAUGAAGUCACGAUUCACACCGAGACAAAGUUUUUAUACAUAGAAACAGCUGUUCAAUCAAGAAGCGGAGAGUUUGACUUUUACAUAGUUUUAACUUUGCCAUAUAGUGUUGUUAGUGCACACUUUUAGAUUACAUUAUACAAUUAAAAUAGCAGGUUAAAUUGUUGUUACAAAAUGUUAAGUUUCAAAUUUUUUAAUGUUGUUGAUUAUGUAUAUUCUGCUGUGCAGAAAAUUAAGUAAAAAAUACUGAAGUAUGUUAUAAUAUACUGGUAUAUAUUUAUUUUUAAAUAACUUGAGUUUUCAACGUUCAAACAUGUUCAUACAGUUUCAUUGGCAUGUAGGUAUAAUUAUUUUAGUUUUAAUAUUUUGAGAAUAUAUAUAAUAGAUCUCGGUAAAAACUUAUAUAUCCCCCAUAAAUAACCUUCAAAUUCGAAUACUCACUGUGAAAUACAACAUAUCGAUAUGAAAUGUAAAUCUGCUUUAUAAACCAAAGCAAUAAGAUUUAGAUGUUACGCAAAUUUCAAAAAGUAAUUACAAGUAUGUGCCAUGUUGCCUUCUAGCAUACUGAGGUUAUGCUCUCCUACAUAUGUCUCAGUUCUGCAUAAACAUGUAAAUCACAUAAUGUGUUCACAACAGUAAUUGUUUAAUUAUUAUGAGUUAAUAAUUUUAGCCUCUUAUGGUAAACUUGUGCCAUUUUACUCACCAUUUUGAUCUGUGUGGAAUCUCUAUUGAAGACACAACUUGACUGACACUGACUGGCUGCUUCAUCAAAAAAUGUUUUUGUCAUAUUUUGUGCUGCACUAAACUCACAUAUUCACCAGAAUAGAUUUCAAUAUGUAAAAGUUCUGAAUGAAUUGUUUGUUAAGACACAAAAAAUGUCAUGAUUUUCUAGCACAGAUCUUUCACACUUCAAACACAACUCCACUAGUUUUCUGAUUGUAACAUCAGAUGGCAGUCUGCUGCUUCUGGACAUAAUAGUGAAAGAAAGACAAACUAGAAUAAUCGGUGAUCGAGAACUCCAGAAGGCACAGAUAUUUGUCACAAAAUUUUAAUCUCAGAAUAGCAGCAAACUACGAAAUCAUCGUGGAAAAACUAAUAUACUCUGUGAAGUUGUCCCUACCCCAUCAUGAAGGUGUGUGCAGGAAUGGAGGUGGUCUACCAUUCUUAACCUUGGCACUGGAUAGAGGCAAGUGGUCAGCUUUAUGCUCUGGCCGCUUUAACCCCAGGCAAAGAGCCCCUGGUACCCAUUACAGUGUUAUUGUAUUUAAUAAUAUGACAGUAAUGCAUUCUUUUAUUUUUAAAUGUAAGUGAAUUACCAGGGGCAGUCACUUGGUUCUAAUUUCAUGUUACUAAGUGAUUAAUGAGACAACCUAACUGAGAAGGGAGGCACACAAAGAAUAGAACAAGGUUGAAAAAGUUUUGCAAAAGCACUGGAAUGCUCCUAUGUUGCAGAACCGAUAGAGACAAUUAAAUGCUUAUUUUGAGAAGUUCAAGACAUGCAACAAUGAUCCUCAGAAAUCCAGAGUUAAGGAGAAGGCAUUAAGAUGGCAAAUCAACUGAAAUCCAUAUGGACAAAUUGUCAUUCUGUCAGUCACAUGAGUUGUUACUACUGUAGUUAUGAACUAAUUAAAAACAACUAAAAAUUUCAUGCAUACAAAUUGUUACAGUCUUUAACAGAUGUCUCCAAUCUCACCAACUGUUUCAAUGGUAACCGUUGACAGGCAUGAACCAAAAUGACAGAUUUAUUUAUUUAUUUACAAGUACAUGAUAAGGAUUAAAUAUAUGAAAUAAAAUGUGUCACUGAUUACAGCCUC